AUGAUAGUAUACCAUAUAAGUUUUGAUAAGAUGUUACCUUUCUGGAAUUCGCAGGCUAUCAACCUUCCUUUGUUAUGUCUCGGGAUGGUUACCACAUAUAACAGAAUUUACCAGGAGAAAUUGGCACAGCGUAUGGCGGAAGCAAUAAACAGGAAGCAAGACGCAUGUGCACCCAACAGUAUUUUGGAACAGUCUCUUGAGUAUCUUUCAAGUUUCAUAUUCUUCCGGAAGAAGUCACCCUGUCUCAAGUUUAUUGAACUGAACGCAAGAAUUCUCUCUUUCAGUCCCCAGACGGUCUCUGUGGUAGCUGAAAUAUCGUUGAUGGAUGUUUUCUCCGACGUCAUAUCCAACAGUAUAUUCGGUGUUCUUGGGAAUCUUGGUCGUCACACGAACCGCUUCUUUAGGGAGUUUUACGAAAACGUUCCACUACCUGCUAUGUUACUAAUGACCGUAACACUGAUUUUUGCAACCGUUCGUAUUAAAACCCCCCUAUUCACCUUUGAGCCGUUGCUUCUCUCAACUAUUCGUUAUACAGCCGGAACAGUCGCUAGAUGUGUUGAAGGUUCUGCAGGUGUGAACCAAAGAGCAGUGCAAGAUCAUCGGCGUAGAGCCAUUCGAGAGGACGGCGUAGCGGCUUCAGAAAACAACAGGGACUCUAGGGAACACGUCACUCUACGUCGUCGUGCUCCACGCUCGGCGAUAUGUUCAAAUAUGAAUACGUCUCCUCGAUCUAGGGAUAGUUCACUAGAUUCAUCUCAUAGCCGUGCUUCCAGUCGCUCUCAGAGUACCCCUAGAUAG